UCACGGGAUCCCAAAAAAUUGGCACUUCACAUUUGCUCGCCGUCACUGCAGCUGAGAAAACGGACUGUGGUGAUGGCGGUGGAGACAGUCUCUCCGGAUUGGGAGUUUGAUCGUUUUGACGACGGGUCUCAGAAAAUCCACGCGGAGGUGCAGCUGAAGAACUAUGGCAAGUUCCUGGAGGAGUACACCUCCCAGCUCCAGGGAAUCGAGGACGCCCUGGACGAGUCCAUCGGAGACGUGUGGGACUUCACCCUGGAUCCGAUCAUGCUGCAGCUUCUUCCCUAUGAACAGUCCUCUCUGCUGGAGCUGAUCAAAACAGACAAUAAGGUCCUCAAUAAAGUAAUCACUGUGUAUGCUGCUCUGUGCUGUGAGAUUAAGAAGCUGAAACAUGAGGCGGAGAGCCGGUUUUACAGCGGGCUGCUGUACUACGGUGAAGGAGCUUCGGAGGCCAGUGUGGUGGAGGGGGAGGCUCAGAUCCAGAUGGGCAGGUUCAUCUCCUUUCUGCAGGAGCUGUCCUGCUUCGUGGCGCGGUGCUCGGAGGUGGUGGUCAACGUGGUGCACCAGCUGGCCUCGCUCUACAGCAGCAGCAAGAGCGCAACCAAAAUCAUCGAAUCGUCUGGUGUCCAUUUUCAGACGGUGUACGAGCACCUGGGCGAGCUGCUGGUGGUGCUGCUGACCCUGGACGAGAUCGUGGAGCACCACGCCACGCUCAAGGAGCACUGGAAGAUGUACAAGAGGCUGCUGAAGUCCGUCCAUCACAACCCCUCCAAGUUUGCCGUGCAGGAGGACAAGCUGAAGCCCUUCGAGAAGUUGCUGCUGAGGCUGGAGGGCCAGCUGCUGGACGGCAUGAUUUUCCAGGCCUGUGUGGAGCAGAGGUUCGAUAGCCACGGGGAGGGGGUGCCAGUCUCCAAGAACAGCGCUUUUGCUGAGGAGUUCGCCCACAACAUCCGCACGAUUUUCGCCAAUGUGGAGUUAAAGCUGGGUGAGCCGUCGGAGAUCGACCAGCGGGACAAGUAUGCGGGAGUCUGCGGGCUGUUCGUGCUGCACUUCCACAUCUUCCGCUCUGUCGAUAAGAAGCUUUAUAAAUCCCUGCUGGACGUCUGUAAAAAGGUGCCCGCAGUGACGCUCACUGCCAACAUCAUCUGGUUCUCCGACUCCUUCCUGCUGAGCAAGGUGCCGGCUGCCGCCAAGCUCCUGGACAAGAAGAGCCUGCAGAGCACCCGGGCCCAGAAGGAGAGCUUCCUGCCGCAGAAGGCACAGACGCUGGCCAGGGACGUGCAGUCUUACUACGUGUUUGUGACCUCGUGGAUGAUGAAGAUGGAGUCCGUGUUGUCCAAGGAGCAGAGGACCGAGAAAUUUGCCGAGGACUUGAACAGCAGGUGCAACGUCUUUGUCCAGGGCAUUCUUUACGCCUACAGCAUCAGCACCAUCAUCAGGACCACGAUGAACCUGUACAUGUCCAUGCAGAAGCCCAUGACCAGGACGUCGGUGAAGGCUCUGUGCAGACUUAUAGAGCUGCUCAAGGCCAUAGAGCAGACGUUUCACCGGCGCUCCAUGGUGGUGGCCGACUCCGUGUCCCACAUCACCCAGCACCUGCAGCACCAGGCGCUGAUCGCCCUGGUCACGGCCAAGAAGAGAGUGAUCUCGGACAAGAAGUACAGCGAGCAGCGACUGGAUGUGCUGUCGGCGCUGGUCCUGGCGGAGAACGUGCUCAACGGCCCCAGCACCAAGGAGAGGAGGCUGGUGGUCUCGCUGGCCCUCAGCGUGGGCACGCAGAUGAAGACUUUCAAAGACGAGGAGCUGCUCCCCCUGCAGCUGGUGCUGAAGAAGCUCGACCUGAUCAGCGAGCUUAGAGAGAGGGUGAAGGUUCAGUGCGACUGCAGCUUCCUGUACUGGCACCGCGCCGUCUUCCCCAUCUACCUGGACGACGUGUACGACACCGCCGUGGACGCAGCCCGAAUACAUUACAUGUUCAGCGCCCUCCGGGACUGUGUCCCUGCCAUGCUGCACGCGAAACACCUGGCCUGCGCCGAGCAGCUGCUGGAGAGCUACGACCACGAGAUCAUGGACGUCCUCAACGAGCACCUGCUGGACAAGCUGUGUAAGGAGAUCGAGAAGGACCUGCGCCUGUCGGUCCACACUCACCUCAAGCUGGACGACAGGAACCCCUUCAAGGUGGGGAUGCAGGACCUGGCCCACUUCUUCUCUCUCAAGCCCAUCCGCUUCUUCAACCACUUCAUCGACAUCAAAGCCCACGUGACCCACUACCUGGACAAGACUUUCUACAACCUGACCACAGUGGCGCUGCACGACUGGGCCACCUACAGCGAGAUGAGGAAUCUGGCCACCCAGCGCUAUGGCCUUGUCAUGACGGAGGCUCACCUCCCCAGCCAGACCCUGGAACAGGGGCUGGAUGUGUUGGAGAUCAUGAGGAACAUCCACGUCUUCGUCUCUCGCUACCUGUACAACCUCAACAACCAGAUCUUCGUUGAGAGGACAAGCAAUAACAAGCACCUGAACACCAUCAACAUCCGGCACAUUGCCAACUCUAUCCGAACCCACGGCACAGGGAUCAUGAACACUACGGUGAACUUCACCUACCAGUUCCUGCGGAAGAAGUUCUACAUCUUCAGCCAGUUCAUGUACGAUGAGCACAUCAAGUCCAGGCUGAUCAAGGACAUUCGCUUCUUCAGAGAGACCAAGGACCAGACGGAUCAGAAGUACCCCUUUGAGCGAGCGGAGAAGUUUAACCGGGGCAUCAGGAAGCUGGGAAUCACCCCGGAUGGGCAGAGUUACCUGGACCAGUUCAGACUGCUGAUCAGCCAGAUAGGUAAGGUGCUGAUACAGGUGUGGCAGGGUGGUCUGCUGCUGGGAGUGGCGAUCAGGUUUGUCCCGGACCUGGAAGACAUUGUGAACUUUGAGGAGCUGGUGAAGGAAGAGGGGCUGUCGGGGGAGACCCAGAAGUCCGCCAGGCAGCUGGACUCGGUGCUCGGAGACCUGACCAGCAAUUCGGCCGAGGGGACGGAGUACUUCAAGAUGCUGGUGGACGUCUUCGCGCCGGAGUUCCGCAGCACGAAGAACAUGCACCUGCGCAACUUCUACAUGAUCGUGCCUCCGCUGGCGGUGAACUUUGCAGAACAUUCCAUCAGCUGCAAGGAGAAGCUGAACAAGAAGAACAAAGUGGGGGCGGCCUUCACAGACGACGGCUUCGCCAUGGGUGUGGCCUACAUCCUGAAGCUGCUGGAUCAGUACCAGGAGUUCGACUCGCUGCACUGGUUCCAGGCGGUGCGCGAGAAGUACCUGAAGGAGAUGAACGCUGUCGUCAAGGAGCAGCACGUCCAGGCCACCAGCCAAGACGAGAAGCUGAUGCAGACCAUGAACCUGACGCAGAAGCGGCUGGACGUGUACCUGCAGGAGUUCGAGUUGCUGUACUUCUCUCUGAGCAGUGCCAGGAUUUUCUUCCGUGCCGACAAAACAGCUGCAGAGGAGAACCUGGAGAAGAAGGACAAAGAUGAAGGCUCCAAGGCAGCCAACGGCGACUCUUCGUCUGCUAACCCUGCCAUGAAGUGACACGGGCGGCCCAGGCAGCAGGCCGAACACAGAACCGGAACUGGACUGCAUGACAGAACCGAACCGAGCUGCAGCUCGUACACCAGCUCGCCUGGGAGGAGAGGCCGAGUGAGGGCAGCUGUUGUGCGGCGUCUCUGUGGAGGGAGUGGAGGGGUGUUGGCCGUCAGGUGCUAAGAACAAGAGGAUCUGGAGGUCAACAAGCUGACAGGAAAAGGGUUCCCAGCAGCCACUGCUGCACUCUCCCCUUGUCCCAGCCGGGGGAGCUGUGACCCAGCAGAACGUGCAGAAUUGUGGGUAACAUCUCCACACUGCCCCCUGCUUCCUGCUGCAUGUAACUGUACAUCACCUCCUUCCAGUAAUACUCCCGAAUUUCCCCUCUGCAAACACAACAGUUCUGACUUUCCUUCUGCUUUUAAUAAAUCUUGAGUUGCUCUUGUGCUUUUCCUCCACGUUUUACUUUAAUUGUUCUGUUUUGACAGGGAGGCCGGGAAGGCUGCUCAAUCUAGCGUUUCGAUUCUGGUUCUGCAGUUUUGUCUGUGAUACAGACACGUGGAUAGAUUGUGUUUUGAGUGAAGCCUGUUGAUCUAGUUGAGUUUGUACGUAGCACUGAACAAGCUGAGAGGCUGUUCUUACUCCCAGUAGGACAGAAGACAGGACUGUUGUAGCUAAUUCACCACACUGACACUGUUAGUAAAUGCGCUUACGCAGUUGUCCAAGGAUAUAGAAAACAAGACAUUCCUCACGGAGUGCUUAGAGAGUUAGUUUGAACGACGGCUUCUCAAAGCCUUCUCUUGAACAAGUUCCCAGUCGUGGAUCCCCACAUCAGCCAGUGUUUGAUCCACCUGAGCCCUCAGUUACAUACUAGAGCCUUAAUAGGCCCAGUAUUGGGUUUAAUUUGAGCUCUUUGUUUUCAGCUCCUAAAGAUGUGGGAGGGUACCUUUUUAACUCUUUUUAACUCUUAUGUUUCACAAGUAGCUUAAGAUCUCCAACCUAGAAAAAAAGUACAACUGUUAGUUCCCAGGACCAAGUCAGAAAAUGCUGUGUGAACCCAUGUGCAACUUUUUCAAUCGUGACAUGUCCGUGUGUUUUGAAGGUAGUCUACAGUAGAGCGUCUGGAGGUCAUGGCAGCAUUAUUAUGGUCUCUGGUUUUUGGUUUCUACAAGGGAGAGACGUGAUGUCUUCUCCUGUUGGGCAUCUGUCCGUUGCUGUGUAUUUAAAAAUGCCAAGUUCCUUCAGUCUUCCAUUGAACCUGCCUUUUCAGUACUGCUAGAGGCCUGGGAGAGCUCUUCAUUGGUCGGGCCACUAGCUUGUGAUCUGGAACAGGUGGAGCUCCGGAGGUGUUUCUGCCAUUGUUAUCGUACAUUAGGUUGGGUUAGGAGUCAGAAGUAAGGCAGCGAGGUUGAUAUGAGAGCCCGAAUGUUAAACUGACAGCAUGUUUGAUCAUGAGGAUCUUAAACUGUCUAAUUUUAUUUAAAGCAAAUGGGUAUAAAAUAAUUUCUGAGACCUGGAAGUGCAAGGCUGUGGAUGUUAGAAGGCACAGUUCAGGAACACGAAGGAUAAACAAGGGCAUUGGGGUCCAUUGCACUUAUUUAAUUGCUAGUAGCUCUUAGAUCCAAAGAUCUCGCUCAUCUGUUUCUCGAAAUUAUCCAGAUGAUCAUAUCUAGGGACACACAUGGCUGGGAAGUUUGUUCCAGACUCCCACAACCCUUUGUGUAAAGAAGUGCCUGUUUUUUUCAUUUCAGCUUUUGUGUUCUGCAGAAUUAAUUUUGGAUUCUGUCCUGCAAGUAGGGCACUUAACUCUAAUGUUUUGAAUUAUGUUCUUUAGCUUAACACACUUGUUAUACUAAACUAUCCUCACACUUAAUAUCUGUGAGGAAGCCUGAGAAAGUAGACCUUGUUUUUUAUGGGUUUUUUUUGUAUAAAGUGAAACCCAUUUUAGCACCAGCGUUCUUGUUGAUUUUGUUUUAAUUCAUGCACAUUUAAUGACCAAAUAGAAAAUAAUCAAGAUAAUCUAGGAAAUGUAUUCCAGGGAGCUCCCAACAUGGUUUGUACCUUUCUUGUGUGUUUCCUGACAGCCUGCAACCUAGGAAAGCGCAAUCAAUUAUAAUCUACACUGACUUUCAUAUUGCUUUAUGUGCUUGCUGUUGUCCUCUACAGCGCAGAUCUUAGAUCUGUACCAGAUUUGUACACUGCUGGGUGUUUUACUGGCGCAGUCCGAGUGAAGUGCUUCGCUCGAGUGUACAACAGCUGUGUGCAAACCAGGAUUUGAACCCCUCAACUUCUCCUUACUAAUAAUCACUACUUCCAACAUGUUUUAGUAAUACUGUACUUAAACCAAUUCUACAGUCUUACAGUACAAAACCCCACUGUCUCUUGUGGGGGGGAAAAACCUUUAAGACAAUAGAUUAAAGCAGUUGUGUUACAAAUCCAGAGAGGUGAUUCUCCCCUCCGAUUCUGCAGUCUCUGCCACCAUCGGCCUGAAUGUCUUAAAAUAAGUGAUGAUCGGGACAAACACUAUUCGAAUCUUCAGUAAUGACAUUUUUGUAUCUGCAGGGAGAAAGAAUGAUUUCACCACCAUGUGGGGUCAUUUUACCAGUUUACAUCUUGUGUACAUUCCUGGUUUUACCCUUCUUUUAUAAACUGCCUUUAUGUAAAUUUAAUAUAUGCCUAAGCACAGAGUCAUUAAUGUGAUGUACAUGGAUAUGAAUAAUAAAAACAUGUUUUUUAAAGUCA